AGAUUGCAUUAUUGUAUGAUGAAUCUUAGGCUAAGUGCGUAUAGUUUUGUGCAGCUUCGAACAGGUGUCUUCAGAAGUAAAGUGUCCAUAGGGGGGCAGGGAAAACAUGGCUUUGAGACUCCACUGACGACAGAGGCAAAUAUUCCCGGUUGACACGCCCACAGCAUGGGUACACACAGCUCUAAUAAAAGAAUAUUAUACUGUCAGUAUGCCGGAGAGUGAACAGAUGCGAUGAUGGGAUCUAUCAGCUUCGAUCCGAUGGACUUUCAAAGAAUCACCUUGAGACAAAAUAUGCUCCCUGCGACAAACGUGUUUGAUUAAAUGCAAAGACGUUUUUAUUUCGUCGCCAUCCAGGAAGUUGAAUUUUCCGAAAAGCCGGUAAAACAUCUCGAGUUUUUUUUUUUUGACCCAACUACCUCAGUGUCAUCGCACAAAUCGACUGAAGGGAGAGAAUAAUUCAAGCAAGCAGAGCAUCAUAGAAACGCUGAAGCUUGGUCGCUGUAACGAAAUGGAUCGUUUUGCAGCUGAGUGCCUUGUGUCAAUGUCUAAUGGUCCUAUUGUCCACAGUUCUAAAGGGAACAGUAGGGAAAUCAGACCAGAACCUGCCUCUGUCCCAAUAAACGGAAUGGAACCUAUUGACCUUCUGGCGAAAGACAACUCCAAUCUCUUUAUGGUAGCUAGGAUUUUGGCGGAUUUAAACCAGCACACCCCCGGUGUUUCCGAACAGGGCAAAGUAAGGGAAGAUAACAAAUUAACAACCCUGUCGAGAGAGGAUGGAAACACUGCCACACCUACCGCUCUGCACGGCGACCACGGUCUCAAAGCAAAAAGAAAACCUGUAAUUUGUCACAUUCUGCACGAAUCUGCACAGAAAAAGCACAAAUGCCACUAUUCAGGGUGUGAAAAAGUUUAUGGAAAGUCGUCCCAUCUUAAAGCCCACCUAAGGACACACACAGGAGAGCGGCCCUUCCCCUGCACCUGGCCCGACUGCAGCAAGAAGUUCGCCCGCUCGGACGAGCUGGCGCGGCACUACCGCACGCACACGGGCGAGAAGCGCUUUGGCUGCCCGUUGUGUGAGAAGCGCUUCAUGCGCAGCGACCACCUGAUGAAACACGCCCGCCGCCAUUCUGCCUUCCAGCCCGGCAUGCUGAAGAAGCCCGAGGCCCCCGCCCUGCGGCCUGCCUCCCGCAGUGACUACAGCCGCUCCGACGGCUCCAGCCCUGCCCCGAGCCCCUCCAGCCUGCCUUAGCCUCUCGUUCAGGCUCUUCGGAUGCGCUCCAUGUCGUCUCCUUCCUAACUCUGCCUACUAUACAGCGCUCUCCAUAACCCCUUACUGUGCAAUUGCUUACGCACCUCAGAGGACAAUAAUGAUGCCCAUUUCAAAUAGCAAUACAACCGUUUAAAAAAAAAAAACACUCAUCUUCUAGCCUAUUGGCAUCCGCCAGAUAAUGCAGAAAAGUCUGUUAAAGAUGACAUUCUUCUGAAGUUUCAGUUCGAAAAGAUCUGCAUGGACCAGCAUAUUCCUCUUCCUGCAUCUGAACUGGGGAAGGGGCUUACGUGUGCACCUCAGGAUUUGGGACUUUCUAACUCAGCUCUCUAACUCAACUGCACAAUACUAGCAUUACUUUGUAUUCAUUACUUUGAAGUGUCAGCACCGCUCAGGGAAGACAGUGUAACAGAGAGACCACAAUGAGGAUGAAUGGAGGAGUUACCAACGCUAUGCUUUGCCGGAUUUGCACUCUGAACGUGUUUUUUUGUUAGUUGUCGCACUGGAGGAAACUAGUACUGGAUUAAUGGUCAUUAAAAGUCAAGAUUUAGCUUUUUUCUCCCGUUUUCCUCCACAUAACCUAGAAAUUCCAGGGGAAAUAGAUGGAAGGUCACAUUGUUUUUCAUUUUUUUGGCUGUAAAUCAUGCUUAGCCACAGAAACAGCUGUGUUCAAGAAGCCCGAUCACUUGCUGGAAGUCACUUAUUAUGCACUGGGAGUCAGGUAUCCCCUUGGGAGUCACAGAUCGUGUUCUGGGAGUGGGCGAGGAGUGAGCAGGGGCCACACAGGCCUCACUGAAUUCUACUCUCUGAACACGAUGCCCUGGGAUCGUUUCAGAGAAGCUUGCAAUGAAUCAGCAGCGAGUCAAAGCGACGAGUCAGUGUGCUGUAGCAUAAGCCCACCACAGAGAGCGCAUCCCUGAGCCAACCUCUUGCAGUGGAAUGUCAAAACCUGUUCACUGUAUCUCUUGGAUGUCUUCUGUCCUUCAAACCAUGAUCUAGUUUGCAAACAUCUCGAGUCCAUCUUCCCCCGAACAGAACUGUGACCUGGAAGCAGACACAGGUUUCGGUGUCAUGCUGUAGCAGGGGUCAGGCAGGCAGCCUGUGAGAAACCGUAGCAGUGCUCUCACAUACCCCAGGAGAAUGAACGCUGACAGAGGCGGGUCCUGGCUUAUCACCCUGAUCAAAUCCCAGUUACCUCAUACUCAUGUAUCCAUAUUUCUCCUUUUCUGUGAUGAAAACAGCCCCAGCAUAUUACACACAGCCAUCCUGAGCCUCCCUCCCCACCCAUGACAUAAACAAAGAAAUGAAGAAGAAGAAGACAUCUCUGGACGAUAAUACCUAACACUCUGAACACACCCACACGAAUACAAUCACACAGAAUCACUGCCAUCCGUGCAGCGUGCUGUUGAUUUCAAAGCUACAUCUAUCCUGUGUUUGAAUGUCGUUUAAACAUCACUGGCUUCUCAGUACAACUUAUAACAAUUUGUUUUUGUUUUUUUUUUGGCGUUAGUUGUUUUUUUAACUUUAUAGCGGUACAUAACUUCUUAACUUCUACUCCUUAUUCAGUGUAAGGUGUCUCAGCUGACCUAAUAUAUGUGUGACGCUGGUUUUAUUUGGCCAAUACCCAGGGAUACUGUGUGGUUUCCUAUAAAAACCAAAAAAAAUAAAAUAAAUAAAAAUCUAAAUUGCAAGCAAAUGCUGUGGCUGACUGACGGAGUUCAGGACGGUUCUACAAAGCCUACGGCUCCUGCGCCUUCCUGCUGUCUUACCGUAACGCAUGUCUUGACAGGAUGUGAAAAAGAUGCCCUUGUUGUGGUCUUCAGUGCAAUGACUGCUUUGUUUGCGUUUCGUGUCGCCGCUUCGAUGGCUUCAGACGUGAUCUGUCGCUGCGGGAGGCUGUAAUGAGAGGAGAUGCAAAUCCCAGCCCUCUUCUUGUUUAUGAGGGGAGAGACAACAGUCCAUCCAUCCAUCCAUCCAUCCAUUUUCCAAACCGCUUAUCCUACUGGGUCACGGGGAGAGACAACAGCCCUUUGGUCUUAUUUCGGAGCCACUUGUGUCUGUACGAAGAAAAAACAAAAAGCACUCGGAAUACUGGGAGCAUCUUCCCUUGGUAAAGAAGCCUUUAUUUCUUUGUAAAAAACGCUUUAUGUUUUUGUAAAUAAUGAUGCUACCAAAUUAUCAUCAAAGUACUAAAACAAACACUUUGCUGCCGUGGGUGACGAUGGCCCCCUCUGUUCGGCAAACAGACCCAAGAAAGCUUCCAGAUAUUCUAACACAGAUUUUAUGCUAUACUAAUCUAGAUUAAUCAUAUACAUUGAUGCAUAUAUAUAUAUAUAUAUAUAUAUAUAUAUAUUUAUAUAUAUAUAUAUAUAUAUAUAUAUAUGUAUUCAUUCUUGCAAUCUGUGCCUGUUAGUAACUAGUCGUGCCUUUGUUGAAAAUAGCCUGUGCAUGUCCUUCAUAUUAAUCCGCUUUAUGACCUGGCUGGGUUAAAAGGUACCAGGUGGGCUGUGUCCAUAACCUCAGACGAACUCCAACAGAUUCAAAGUUAGACGUUUUCCCCUCGUAAAAAAAAAACUGAAAAAGCUAGGCCUGCUUUACAUGUGUCAACACAGCAUGUGGCUGCCUUAGUGUUCCACUGACUCAGCACUGAAAUGGGACACUUGAAAGGCCACUUUGUUGGCAGCUACUAAAAUCAAGCUGUGACAGAAUCCCACCAUGAUUUAUUAUUUUUUUCUUUUCCUGAGCCCAAAAAUCACAUGACGUAAACGGAGGACUGUAUUGGUCGUUACCACAACGUGUCAGUCGCUGAGACCAACAUGUGUGGGGAGAGUUGCAUAUUAUGUUGUUCACUGCUUUGUUCCAUCCGUGCUUCACUUUUACCUCAGGACAGACAUGAAUCAGAGCGUCCCAUCUGCCUGCCCCAUCCUUGUGCCCCAUCCGCCUGCCCCAUCCACUUGCCCCAUCCACCUGCCCCAUCCACUUGCCCCAUCCGCCUGCCCCAUCCACUUGCCCCAUCCGCCUGCCCCAUCUGUGUCUCUUUCUCCGAGUAUCUAUUAUGGCUAAAUUGACACAGAAGUUGGUUUCAGGUCUCCAGUUGUCCCCAGUUGUCCCCAGUUGUCCCCAUACCUCGCCCCUCUCGCAUCACCUCGCGCCUGGAUGCUCCACUGCUCUUCACUUUCUCAUUUCCCUUCCUUGGCCUGGGGCAGCAGAACCCAAGUGACCCUUUUUGUUACUUUACUGAGAGCCGGCUUGGCUUGGAGGAGAAAGCCAUGUGACAGAGGUACUGGACUAUGGAUGGGGGAGCCAGACUUCUUAACCAGUACAUAUUAGGUAUAAUCAGUAAAAACAAUGAUCAGUUUGGAGAAAACUAAUGUCCUACAGUGAUGGAAAGCCCCCCCCCCCCAAAUUCAUCAGUGUAGUGAAUUAUCUAUCUUUUAACAGUGUAGUAUCUAUUUUAACAGUGUAGUAUCUAUUUUUUGAGAGUAUUAGCAUGUAAUCUGCCCAUACAGAGUAUAACUGGUUAUGCAGUCUAAAUAAGAUGAAAUCAGAUAGUAUGUUUUACUAUCGUGAUAUUGAUUUUGGGUUGCCUGGACUCGUGCGUGCGUGUGUGUGUGUGUGUGUGUGUGUGUCAUGUUUUUAUUAUAAUUUUUUUUCCAAAUGAUCCAAUCAAAACAUUAGACACGUGCUAUUUAUUCUGUGCUUGUAUCACAUUACACAUGAUCUGAACAUUGUGGAAAACAGGCCAUUUCCUUUCCUGACUUUUUAAAUAUGUAUUAUGUGAUGUUGAUAAUGUUCAUUUUGGAUUAAUUUUGGGAUACCUGCGCUGCAUCUCAGCCAGUACGGUUCCUGUUAUUGUAGUUAUCGAUAUUCUGUUUCUGUUUGCUUGCAUUGUUAUUUGUUGUAAUUUUGUACAGUGUUCAGUAAUUGAGUGCACUUCAUUAUGUCAAAGAACAUUUUGAAACAUUCAAUUUCAUCUAUAGACACUGAAGUUCCCUUGGACAUAAUAUUGCCCUGCUUCCCUUCAAUGUAGAAAGGGAACGUUUGCAGGCUUAUAUUAUUUAAACUGGGAAUUUUCAUAAAGGUAUGUUUUUUUGGGGUUGCUGUGUUUUAUUUUUGUAUGUCACGUAACCAUGGAGACCACCACAUUGUGAGGUAGUACAGCUUAGGCAUCUACAUUUUUCUGAGAUGUUAUUUUUAAUUACCUAGUGUUGAACCUUCCUAGGAUGAUGAUGAUCAUCAUCAUUUUUUUCAGGGUGGUGGUAUAAGUUAAGUUAAUAGCUUCCUGGCUUAGAAAAAUGGUCCAAUAUUAUUUAAUUAUGAUAUUGCCUUGGGAAUAAAAAUGUUCAAGUUCUAAGUUUACUUAACAAAUUAAUAUUUUUUUUUAUAAAUCAGAUAACAAUGGUUAGAAUGUAACAUUAUAUUACAAAAAAAAACAAGUAUUGCUUAUCAUCCAGGAAAAUUUGACUUGCAUUAAGCAAUGGGUCAAGCCAUUAAUGCCAUUGAAAGAUCGGUUCAGAUUACAAAAUUACUUUUGAAAUGCUGAUGUAAUGGGAUAGAGGGUUCACAACAGACUAAUCAAGAAUCUGUCUGCUUUUGGCAUAAUCAUGAUCAUUAAAGCUGGGGACGAGUUUAAAUUCACAUAUCCGGAGAAAACUAUAGAAGAAGUUUUUGUUCAUUUACAUGUCUGUCAUGAUGGUUUUUAGGUAUUACAAGGGAUGAAUUUCAGGCUUCUUUUUGUAUAUUACAUUCAGAGGUAUUUCAGGUUUAAACCAGCUCGAUAAUAAUAAUUUAUAUUAUUGAUAAUGUGCUUUCAGCUUGGUAUAAAUACUGUCCAUUUUGUCCUAACUGACGUCACUGCCUCUAUUGUAUAGGUAAGGUAUAAUCUAUUUAGUUCAACUCUUGAAAAGACAAAAUAUACUUUCUCCAGCAUCUGAAGGAUUGUUUUUACUAUAUUUAGACUGCAUUCAUCAAGCCACUGUAUAAAGGCUUUCUUUGAAUUUGUACGUAUUUAUUUACAACUGUGCAAUGCUUUUACUGUUAUCCACUGUUUUAGUUCGGUUUGUUCCUUUCUCGUUUAGUGUAUUUUGCUGAGAGGUUAAUUUCCAGUCCAGUCAAACUGGUGUAUUUGAACAAACCCACCCCACCCCCAGCCCCUCAUUCGCCAUAUAAGGGAAAGCCGCCACCCAGCGGGACACAUCACCCUGUGGCUCGUAAACAUUCCAGCUCCUCUUUCUCGCCGAUGAGGAAAGGGCAGACCAGGACAUUGUGAGAACCGGACUAAGUCUGUGAACCUUGUUUAUUCAGGGACGGAAAAUGGGGAAAUGUCACGCUGCAGGCCAACGAGCUGCACUGGGCUCUUGCAGAGCUCACUGCCGGGUCACUGCGGCCCCUCCCAUGUUCUCACUCAAAUAGUGGUCAGCACUCGUGACCAAAGGCUUCAGGAAUGACACAUUCUGGAUACGUGACCUCACAUUUGACUCGAAAAUAUGGAUGCAUGCAGGAAAAAUGGGCAUACCCCCCCCAUUGUCUGUCCUGUCUCUUCACUGCUGGACAUUGCCUGCAGGGAAUAGCCAGGUGGCAAUGUACGCCAACUCUUCUGGCUGCAGGAGGCGAAGGAGAAUUCCCAGUAUUGAUCAUUAUUUCCCACCAGCUCCGGUGUAUGUGCCGACCGGGAGUUACCAGCCUUCAUUGUGAAAUGGAUAUUUGCUUAAAGAAUUCAGCAAAACACUGCUUAACAAAGUAUGUCCUGAAACCUUGCCACACAAAUGCUAAAUGUGCACAGGGGUUAGUGUAAAGUAGCGUCAAGCGUCCCUCACCAGACCAAUCUCCAACCUUGUAUUUUUGCACUUUCCCUAAUUAUAAGAGUUUACACUUUCCAUCUCAGCGUGCUUUGUUUUAUAAGAUCAAUGAUACCGAUGAGCAGGAGUUGUCCAGAAUGGUUGUAAUAGACUUCAUAAAUUCUAAAAAUUAUGUGGUCAAAUAGAUGACUAGCAAUUUCUUGGCAUUCAGCAGAAUAUAUAAGCUGUGGGGUGAUACUCGGGGUCUUGCAGUGUCUUUACAGUUUAGUGUAGAGUGUGCACUCAUUAAUGCCCUUUCUUUCUUCACACACAAUGCUGCAGAAAUCCUUACUUAUUUGUCUCCUCUGCUCUCUUCCUGUCACAUGACCCGCCAAGCCCAUUCCGGGACGUGCUUACAGUACGUGAAGAAACUCCUUUUCUUAACAAUAACCAGUUUCUUUCAUGACCUUGUCAAAGCUGCCACAACCCCCAUAUUUGUUAACCCACCAAAUUCCUGUGUUGCCGAAGUGUUACAGUCAAAAUUCCUGCAGAUUACACGGACCUUAACGCCCUGUAAUUCUGCCAUGUGUUUGUAUGACUUUUUGUACUUAGACGAAUAUCGUGAUUAUGUCCUAUACAAAUGAAAAAAAAAUUAACGAAAUGUAAAAUUCUAUACAGCAUCUUAACCUGUAUGCAUGAGCUAAGAUCACAUUUGGCAAAAAAAAUAAAUAAACAUAAAAGAC